ACAAAGCCCAUAGCUAUAAGCUACUUGCAGGAUUAGUUCAGCAUGCAGGUUAAUAGCUAGACUCUAUAUACCAUAAGUCAUAACUGGUUUUCCAUCCCUUCUCUAUAGCUUCCGAAGUAUAUUGGACGAGUUGCCAGCUGUUAUAUCCGAUCGAUCAGGUAUCAAGCAGGUUUUCCAUUCCGGCCUCCUCUAGCUUUCAUAGAACUAGUGACGAGUAGUCUAUAAUACCACACAAAAUCAUGACUAUUCUCUCCACGGGCGAUGCUGCCGAGAUCUUCCUCCCGGCCGUCCACCUGCACAAGCUGAAGAAGACGGAGCCGGCCGGCGACGUGAAUAGGUUCAAGUGCGACGGCUGCAAGGAGGACAACGGCGCCGGCGUCAGGUACACGUGCACAAGCCCUGCGUGCAACUUCGACCUCCACACGUGCUGCGCCAAGCUCGCAGGAGCCAGGCUGGUGCACCCUUUUGACAAGAGCAUCGAGCUCAAGUUUCUCUACGAGGCCCCGACCUCCGAGAACGACCGCAGGCUCUGCGACGCCUGCGGCGGCAAGGUGCUCGGGUUCAACUACCAGUGCGGCAACCUGAACCUCCACCCGUGCUGCGCCGAGCUGCCGGCGCUCAUCGAGAAGGAGGAUCUCGCGUUCGAGCUCCGCGAGAAGGCUUCUCACAAGUGCACCGGCUGCGGGGGGAGUGGCGGCUACAUGACCUUCUGGUUCUACCGCUCCAAAUGCAAGAAAUAUUACCUCCAUGUCCGCUGCGUCAAAGAGAUUUUGCUGGGGCAGCAGCUGAACCAGCUGGCCGCCGCCGCCGGCAGCAGCAGCAGCUCGAGCUCGAGUUCUAGUGCUGCUGUUGCUGCUGGCGAUGUCGUCACUACAUUCGUCAAGGAGAGAGCGCUGGAGAAGUACAAGAAGAAGAUGGACGGGGAAACCUUCGAGCGCAUAUUGAGGGUGGUUGCGACCGUCCUGCGUGUCAUCCUAGGGGUGCUUAUUGGAGAUCCGACGACGUUGCUAAUUGCUGGUGCUGCGUUUCUGCCCGGAUCCGGCUAGCUAGCUGCUUGCACAUGUUCAUCUUAUAUUUACGUACGUACGUGUGUAUUGGGGGUUUGCAUCACGACGGUCAUAUAGUACGUAGCCUACUACUCCGUACUAUAUAUUACGUAAAUAAAGUGCUUGGUUUGAUGAUCUGAUACUAGCCAUAUGCUUGGAUUACUUGGGCGGUAGUCCCUAUAGCUAUAGCUACAUUUUCUUCCAAUAUUUUGUAAUUGCUUAGUCCAUCAAUUUACUUUUCCAGAGUCAAUAUAUAUAUUGUAAUGGAUAUAUGUAUCAUGCAUCAAUUAUCAUAUGUACACGCUAUAUUAUGAAUU